UUGAGACAGUCUCACUCUGUCACCCAGGCUGGAGUGCAGUGAUGCGAUCUCAGCUCACUACAACCUCUACUUCCCAGGUUCAAGUGAUUCUCCUGCCUCAGCCUCCCAAGUAGCUGGGCGCCUGCUACCAUGCCCGGCUAGUUUUUAUAUUUUUAGUAGAGACAGGGUUUCACCAUGUUGGCCAGGCUGGCCUUGAACUCCUGACCUCAAGUGAUACACCUGCCUCAGCCGCCUCUCAAAGUGCUGGGAUUAUAGGCGUGAGCCACCACACCUGGCCUGCACUCUCUUUUUAUUUAAGUAUAGACACAAUUAUUUGCAGAGAACAUCGGUUAGACCAUUUUUAACCUAAACUUAAUACAAUUUAUACUGAUUUUUUAAAUGUUGUCUAAUAUCUAAUCAUGCGCAGGUUUCCUCAAUUGCCUCAAAAAUGUCUAAACAAGGUUCACACGUUACAGUUGAUUGGGGUCCCUUUUUUUUGUUCUUUGAGACAGAGUCUUGCUCUGUUGCCCAGGCUAGAGUGCAAUGGCGUGAUUUCGGCUUACUGCAACCUCCACCUCCCAGGUUCAAGUGAUUCUCCUGCCUCAGCCUCCGGAGUAGCUGGGAUUAUGGGUGCCGCCACCACGCCCAGCAAAUUUUUUGUAUUUUUAGUAGAGAUGGGGUUCCACCAUGUUGACCAGGCUAGUCUUGAACACCUGACCUCAUGAUUCACCCACCUUGGUCUCCCAAAGUGCUGGGAUUACAGGCGUGAGCCACUGUGCCUGGCCAAUUUUUGUAUUUUUAGUAGAAACAGGGUUUCACCAUCUUGGCCAGGGUUGUCUUGAACUCCUGACCUCGUGAUCCAUCCUUGGCCUCCCAAAGUGCUGGGAUUAUAGGCAUGAUCCAUCGCACCAGGCCGAUUGGUGUCUCUUUAAUUCUCUUUUUAUUCUAUAAGAUCUAUAAGAGCUCUUUUUAUUAUAUUUUUUCUACUGUAUUUUUAAUGCUAUCCAUUUGUUGAAAGUGUUGCAUUUUUAAAAAGUUGCAAACAUGUUAGUUCACACCACAGAACGUUUGUAUCAUUUCUUAAUGACUGUUUCCUCCAUAUCCAGAAUAUCAUGAUCACACUGUUGACAAAAAGAGUCAAGCUCUGUAAAAUAUUUUCAGAGAUUUAUUCUGAGCCAAAUAUGAGUGACCAUGGCCCGUGACACAGCCCUCAGGAGGUCCUGAGAACAUGUACCCAAGGUGAUCGGUGUACAGCUUGGUUUUAUAUAUUUUAGGGAAGCAUGAAACAUCAAUCAAAUACAUUUAAGAAAUACAUUGGUUUGGUUCAGAAAGACGGGACAAUGCAAAGUAGGGGGGCGGAUUCCAGGCUAUAGGUAAAUUUAAACAUUUUCUGGUUGACGGUUGACAAUUGGUUGAGUUUAUCUGAAGACCUGGGAUCAACAGAAAGGAAAUGUUCAGGUUAAGAUAAAGGAUUGUGGAGACCAAUUUUUAUUGUGCAGAGGAAGCUCUCAGAUAGCAGACUUCAGAGAGAGUAGGUUGUAAAAUAUUUCUUAUCAGACUUAAAAGGGUGCCUGGUUCUUAGUUGAUUAUCUCUUGUAUCUGGGAAGGAAGGAAGGAAAACAAAGGGGAAAGGGGAUUCUCUAUAGAAUAUGGAUUUUUCCCACAAGAGACUUUGUAGGGCAAUUUCAAGGUAUGGCAAGUAAAUAUACUUUGGGGUAAUACAUUUUGAUUUUCUUCCUUGUUAUGCCAGAGUCAGAUUGGAAAGUAAGUCAUGAUAUACAGGGUUAAAUAAAACACAUCUGAUGAGAAUUUAUGGUUUGUAGGGCACGACUCCCCAGGCCCCUUAGAUAGGAAUUUUGGCAAGAUUUAGAAAAAUCAGAGCUUUGUUCUCAAAACCUAACACCAUUAACAAUAAUUCUCAUCACAUAUUGAAUUGUCUCUUGUAGUCUGCUUUUCUCAUUCAUUUGUGCAAGACAGGAUCCAGUCAAGACCUAUACUUGUCAUCUGAAGUAUGAUUUAUCUCUUAAGAAAUAUUUUCAUUAAGAAAAAAUCUACCCCUACUUCUUGCUUCUUAAAAAUCUCUUUAUGAAAUUGACUCGUUAUAAAACUAGGUCAGUUACUGACUGCCUGUUCCUAAAUUCCAAGUCACAUUUCAAAUUUUGGGACCUAAUUUUUGAUAUGUGAGUGGAGGGAAGGGUGCAGCCAGAGUCACAUAGAAGGAAACUCAGGUUAUGGCCUCCACCCUGCUUCAUGUCUCCCUCAAAACCAGGAACUUCUGCUUUGGACUUCCUGGAACCUGUCCUUUGGCCUCACGGUAAAUAUGGAUGGGAUGCUUUUGUUUUCAGUAUGAUGAGGCAUUUUAUUUUUUAACAUGAAUGCUCACUUGAGGGCACUCUGAGGCCUUUUUCUUUUAAUGGAGUCCACACAAAGUCUCACCCAGCUGCUGGAAGAUGGGGGCUUCAUUCCCUAACUAGAGUUUGGAUGUUAGCCUGUUGCUGGCCCAGCUCUGUGGGCUUUUUUUAUAAGACACUGGCUAAGAAUGGGCUUCACCGAUGCCCUCUGCAACCUGUCUUUGUUGCUUCCCUGUUCCUCUACUCCCUACUGAAUUGGGAGGCUGGACAGAGUGUGAAGGGUGUUCUUCCCAAGUACCUCUCUCACUUCUCAUCUCUUUCCCCAGAUUUGCCUCUGCAACUUGACUCUCCUCUAGGAAGAGUACUCCAGAGAGCAGGGAUAUGGCACCAGGACUCCUGACAACCAGGAAGGAGACUCUUCCAAGCUUACAGCUGGAGCUCCUGGAAGCUAUUUCAUACUCUGGUGCAAGGGCAAAGAAACACAACACAAAAAGGAGCAUUGAUGGCCUUCCGGGAUGUGGCUGUGGCCUUCACCCAGAAGGAGUGGAAGCUAUUGAGUUCUGCUCAGAGGACCCUGUACAGGGAGGUGAUGCUGGAGAACUACAGCCAUCUGGUCUCCCUGGGAAUUGCAUUUUCCAAACCAAAACUCAUCGAACAGCUGGAGCAAGGUGACGAACCUUGGAGAGAGGAGAACAAACAUCUUCUGGACCUUUGUCCAGCAGAGCCUAGAACAGAAUUCCAGCCAAGUUUUCCCCACCUGGUGGCCUUUUCUAGCUCGCAGCUCCUCAGACAAUAUGCGCUAAGUGGCCAUCCCACACAGAUCUUCCCAAGCUCAUCUGCAGGAGGUGACUUCCAACUAGAAGCUCCAAGAUGCUCUAGUGAAAAAGGAGAAAGUGGAGAGACAGAAGGCCCCGACAGCUCAUUAAGAAAGAGGCCAAGCAGAAUUUCUAGGACAUUCUUCAGCCCACAUCAAGGUGACCCAGUAGAAUGGGUAGAAGGGAACAGAGAAAGAGGAACAGACCUUCGCCUGGCCCAAAGGAUGAGUCUUGGGGGGUCAGACACAAUGUUGAAGGGAGCAGACACUUCAGAAUCUGGAGCAGUCAUACGUGGAAACUAUAGACUGGGACUUAGCAAAAAGUCAAGCCUGUUCAGCCACCAGAAGCAUCAUGUGUGCCCUGAAUGCGGGAGAGGCUUUUGCCAGAGAUCAGACCUUAUCAAGCACCAGAGGACACACACCGGGGAGAAGCCAUACCUGUGUCCUGAGUGUGGGCGUCGGUUUAGCCAGAAGGCCUCCCUCUCCAUACACCAGAGGAAGCACUCGGGGGAGAAGCCGUAUGUGUGCAGGGAAUGUGGGCGACACUUCAGGUAUACAUCCUCUCUCACUAAUCACAAGAGGAUUCACUCCGGGGAGAGGCCCUUUGUAUGUCAGGAGUGUGGGCGAGGCUUUCGCCAGAAGAUAGCCCUCCUUCUACACCAGAGGACGCACUUGGAGGAGAAGCCGUUCGUGUGUCCUGAGUGUGGGAGAGGCUUUUGCCAGAAGGCAUCACUCCUCCAGCACCAGAGCUCACACACAGGGGAGAGGCCCUUCCUGUGCCUUGAGUGCGGGCGUGGCUUCAGGCAGCAGUCACUCCUCCUUAGUCACCAGGUCACACACUCAGGAGAGAAGCCUUAUGUCUGUGCUGAGUGUGGGCACAGCUUUCGCCAGAAGGUCACUCUCAUCAGGCACCAGAGGACACACACAGGGGAGAAGCCUUACCUGUGCCCCCAGUGUGGGCGGGGUUUUAGCCAGAAGGUCACCCUCAUUGGACACCAGAGGACACACACAGGGGAGAAGCCCUACCUGUGCCCUGAUUGUGGGCGUGGCUUUGGUCAGAAGGUCACCCUCAUCAGACACCAGAGGACACACACAGGGGAGAAGCCUUAUCUGUGCCCCAAGUGUGGGCGUGCAUUUGGCUUUAAGUCGCUCCUCACCCGACACCAGAGGACACACUCAGAGGAGGAGCUUUACGUAGGCAGGGUGUGUGGACAAGGACUUGGCCAGAAGUCACACCUUAUCUCUGACCAAAGGACACACUCAGGAGAGAAGCCCUGCAUUUGCGAUGAAUGUGGGCGUGGCUUUGGCUUUAAGUCUGCCCUCAUCCGACAUCAGCGGACCCAUUCUGGGGAGAAGCCGUAUGUCUGCAGGGAGUGUGGGCGUGGCUUUAGCCAGAAGUCUCACUUGCAUAGACACAGGAGGACCAAGUCUGGUCAUCAGCUCCUACCCCAAGAGGUCUUCUGACCUUUCCUUUCCCCGUGAGUGUGAAGCUGGCAGAAAUCACUAGUAAAUGCUUCAGUUUCCUGAAAUGGAAUGGAAAAAAAAAAUGUUGCUUUCUUUCAUCAAUCAUGAGAUAGUUGAUUUUUGGUUUAGUUUCUAUAUUCAAAAUUUGUCUUGGCUUGUUAGGGGUUCCAUAACAAAGUACCCCAGGCUGGGUGAUUUUGACAACGGAAAUAUAUUUUCGUAUUUAUGGAGGCUGGAAGUCCCAGAUGAAUGUAUUGGUAGGUUUGGCUGCUGCUAAAGCCUCUCUGUUUGGCUUGCGGAUGGCUGCUUUCUGGCCACGUCCUCACAUGGGCUUUUUUCUGUGUGUACGCUUUCCUGGUGUGGCUUCCUCCUGUUCUAGGGACACCAGUCAUUUUGGAUAGAGCCACAGCCAUAUGGCCUCGUUUAACCUUAAUAACCUUCUUAAAGGCCUUAUCUCUAGAUACAGUCACACUACACGGUUAGGACUUCAACAUAUGAAUUUUUGGGAAACCCAAUUUAGUCUAUAACACUCCACUACUAAAGUUCAGGUCCCUCAGACAUUCAAAAUACAUUCACAUGAUCCCAACAGUCCCAAAAUUCUUUACCCAUUUCAACUUCAACUCUAGAUCCAAAAUCUCAUUUAAAUAUCAUCUAAAUCAAGUGUGAAUGAGACUUUAGGUACAAUUCAUCCUUAGGCAAAAUUCUCCAGGUGUGAUCCUGUGAAACCAGACAGAUAUCUGCUUCCACAAUAUUCUAUAAUGGUGGGAUAAGCAGAGGCUGGACUUCCCCAUUCCAAAGGAAAGACAUGAGAAAGAAAUGAAGAAUGAUGGAUCCCAAGCAAGUCUCAAACCUGGCAAGGCAACUUCCAUUAGAUUUUAAGUCUCAAGAAUAAUCCCCUUUGGCUCAGUGCUCUGCCUUCUGGGCCAACUGGAUUGGCAGCCCUGCUUUUUAGGCUCACGGGAGCUGCAGUGUCACUCCCUUGGCCCUUGGCAGCGGCUCCUGGCCCACUGAGAUUGAGGAGGAGACACACUUGCCCUCUAGACCUGUACUCUCUGGGCCCAUUAGAACCUUUGAGAAUCUCAGUCUUCCCUUUUCUUGAUUAACGUACGUUUGCAACUGGAUAGCUCUAUUGUACCUUCCUGUAGAAUCCCAGAAGUCUAACAGCCUGCCUUCAUUUUUGUCCUGUCUCUUUCUCUAUUCAGUUCAAGCUGGCAGCAUUUCUGGUGAGAUGGUUAAUUGGUUCCAUUCAGACCUAUACUAAUCUCUUUAUCACAUGGUUGUCCAGCCACACCCUAGUGUUCUUUCAAGAACAUACUUUCUCAUUUUUUGCAAUGCGGACAGGCUGAGAAUUUUCCAAAUCUUUAAGUACUGGUUCUUUUUUGCUUGACAAUUCCUUGAAUUUAUCUUUCUCCUCUAAUAUUUUACUAUAAGCAGCAAGGAGAAAACAGACUCCACUUGCAUCACUUUGUGUAGAAAUAUCACCUGAAUAUUCUGCACUGCCUCACUCACAAUUUCUAUACUCCACAAAACACUAGAACGCAAUUUGGGCAAGUCCUUUGCAAGGAUUCCAGUUUCCCAUUACCCAUUCCUCAUUUCUGUCUGAGACCUCACCACAAUCACCUUAAAAUUAAAAAAAAAAAAAAAAAAAACCCCACACAUUUUGUAGAUACGGGUUUUUGCUAUGUUGCUUAGGCUGGUCUCAUACACCUGGCCUCAAAUGAUUCUCCUGCUUUGCCCUCUCAAAGUGUGAGCCACCACACCCAGCCCAGAACCUUUUAACAUCUACAUUCCUACCAACAGUGUUUUAAAGGUCAUCCAGGCUUUUCCUAACAUGUGCUUCAGAACUCUUGUAGCUUCUUUCUACCGAGUACCCAGUUCCAAGUCACUUCCACAUUUUAGGUUACAAAGCAUCCCGAUCACAGUACCAAAAUCUGUAUUAAUUUGCUAGGGCUGACAUAAGAAAACACCAGACUGGGUGCCUUAAGCAAUAGAAUAUUUAUCUUCUCACAGUUCAGGAAACUGGAAGUCCUAGAAUGAGGUGUUGGCAGGUUUGGUUUCUACUAAGGCCUCUCUCCUUGGCCUGCAGAUGGCUGCCUUCCCUCUGUGGUGUCACAUAGCUUAUUCUUUGUACACACACUUUCCUGGUGUCUCUUGUUAAAAGGACACCAGUGAUACCGGAUUAGGGCAACACCCUAAAGACCUCGUUUUAACCUUAAUUACAACUUUAAAUGUCCUGUAUGCAAAAACAGUCACACUGGGGAUUAGGGAUUCAACAUAUGAAUUUGGGUGGGGAGGGACACAAUUUAGUCCAUAACACUCUGCCUUCUGGACUUCCAAAAUUCGUAUCUAGCCAUGAGCGCCUGCCAUAAGAGUGCUCUCUUGAAUUCCUUUCCUUUCUCCAUCAGUGUGAAGAUGGCAGAAAUCAAUAACAGAUGUUCCACUUUCCUGAUAUGGAAUGGGGAAAAAGAGUUGCUUUCCUUCAUUGAUCAUGAGAUAGUUGGUUUAUGCUUUACUUUCUGCACAGUGGUCCUUUGUAUUUUAUGGUCUUUUGUUUUAAUAAACUGCUUCUCUACAAAGCUGCA